AUGAAUGAGUGCAUCUUUGAUCACCUUCAAGUGAUCACGGCACUGCGGACACAGGACACGACCCCCUCUCCACGGGUGUUGAAACGGUCCAGUCGGCCAGAAGUACGCACGGGUUCAGAUUUGUUGAGUGGAGAUUCGGACCUGACUGUGGUACUGCCAACAAGUCAAAGUGUACCACAUCAUAUCAUUUCUUCACUCGAUCGAAGUUCGUAUGAUAUGACUUCCAGCGUUGAUCAGCCCAACAUCCCAGCUACCUCCCAGCAUCUCUCAGGAUUCUCCCCACCAGCAAUCGAAUCACAUCUCCAUCUACACGAAACUGUUACGCCCUCCCUUGACAGUGUAACUAACCCUCCACCUCGGCCACGUACCCCGCCUCAUCGACAGGUUCCGCCCAGGAAGCCUGUCAAGGGAAUCCUCAAGCCCCCGCGUCCUCCUCAGGCGAAAUUCAACUUCAAGCGUGAUAUACUCAAUCCUUUCAGCACUCGUCUUGGAUAUGCCACUGUCGAAGAGAGUCCUCUUAAUGCUGUCGUUGGAACUGGCACAGGCGCUGUAGGUCAAGGGGUUCAGGCAGCUGCGGGCUGGGUUGGUAGUGCGUUCAAGCGAUUAGGCGCCGUAGCAGCGGCUGAAAAAGCUAAGCUCGACGAUGCUCUUCAGUCUCAAACUUUGCUCCCACAACCUCGGCAAUCAUCUACGAGCAAGCCUUCUGACACAAAUGUUCACAAUGAGCACAAGUCAAUUCCUCCCGUCGAUCCUUCUCAAGACCGCCAAAGCUCCAUAUCUGUUGAGUCUAUUGACAACCUCCAACCUUCGAUCACUUGUCUCACUCCCGCAACAUUGCCUCUGGCCACCACCUCUGUUGAAUCCUCCAGUGUCACCAACUCCUCGCAAACGUUCGCAGUCUCUGUGGUGCCUCCUGUCCCGAAUCCUCAAGCUGUGCUGAGCGUCUCGACUCUCAAGAAAGUUCACUUUACCAUGUCAGAUCUGAAAAUAAUCUACCCAAUCAGCAACUCUCAGCCUCCUUCCUUCGAUCAAUUAAACAAGCUACGUAUCAACGAAGCUCGGAGGUUAUUAAUUUCCAAUCGACUUUCUCAGCCUGAUCGUCUUCCGGAUCAGCCCGCCAGUGGUCCGAGCUCACAUCUUCCUUCAAUUGACUUGAAAAAUGGUUGGAACGCCUCUAGCCUUGAGUCGCUAUACGAUGAGUGUUGCAGAACCAGGGAAGAAGGUUGGGGUAUUGUGAAAUUACGGGAGAUCAUCAAACAGGCGGCACCCAGUCCGCCCAAAUCCAUAGAUCUCACUGGCAUACAGUUGAAUGGCUGCGGCUCGGUUGAACUUUUAGGUGAUUUGAUCAGCGUUGACUUCGGGCUAAACUCUCUAACGCUUGAAAGUUGUGGAUUGGAAGACGAUACCCUGAAACCGAUUUUGCAUGCCCUUUUGGUCAGCGGUAGCCUGCCAUCCCUCAAUCUUGCAAAUAAUAAAAAAAUUAGAGCAAAGGGAUGGAGGAUGGUGGCGGUGUUCUUGACCAAAGCACGAGCAUUACGUAACCUGGAUCUUUCAGACAACUCUUUUGAUAAACGUUCAGUGGAGUACCUUGCACAAGCCCUUGCCGGCCAAAUUCGUAAAGAUGACUAUUACACACCCCAAACAGGCACUAACAAACCCUCAGGCAUGACUUCUACCCUCACCACAUACGAUCCGACCACCUCGCGGGCAAAUCAUCCUGCUACGCAAAUGAACCCCGAGUCUGAGAACUCUCAGAGAUGCACAACAGAUCAAGACUCGCACAGGACCGCAUCCUUGACUCAAACAGUUCCAUCUCUAGCCGACGAGGAGCAACCUUUGUUUCGGAAAGCACCUUUGUUGCGAGAUGAUUCACCUUCCCCCGCGUUUCAAGCACUUUCAGCGAUAUCUGUUGUUCCCAAAGCCGGUCCCUCUAAACUGGUAUCACUGAGGCUCGACCGCUGCAACCUCAAGGUCCCACAUCUGGAUUUGUUGAGCCACAGCGUCAGGCUUUCGAAACUUAAACACAUAUCUUUGCGGCAAAACAAAAUAGGUCAUCUGGGAGCUGUUGCGUUGGCAGUAAUGAUUCGAGAUUGGCCUGCGCAGCCAAAUGGUUCGUCAAGUGGAACGCCUCUGAGUAAUUCAGAAAACGCACUCGAAAGUCUACUACGACAGGGGAUCCAUAGUACCGAAUAUGAAGCUGUUACUCCGAGACUAGCCCCGCCAUUUGAGAGUUCCAACUCUGUCACCGCCAGACAGACUAAUUUGCUCGACGAUCACCGCAUCUCGCUUAAACCUGCGUUUCAGCAACCAGAUAGCCAUUCCUCCGGGGCGCUGAGUGACUCGUCCGGGGCCGCUAAGUUAGGUCUACAUCAGCCAUCAAGUGGUAUCAGCUCCAUGAUCCAGCAAGAGGUGAAAAAGGCAAACGAGCAACGCAUCAAGCUGAAAUCCAAAAUUGACUCCCUUCCGAAGAUGGGGCAUCUCUUAACUUUGGAUGUAAAAUCAAACGAGUUGAAGAGUGCAGACGUAUUUUACCUUGCUCAAGUCCUGAAAAAGAAUCGAACGUUGAAGGUGCUCAAUCUGGCCGAUAACAAGAUAGAUUCAAUCGGCCUGGUUCACCUGUCAGAUGCACUGCGCUUCAAUACAUGUCUCGAAACCUUGGAUCUGAGCAAAAAUCCAUGCUGCGCGGGUGGCUUAGAAGGCAUGUUGGCGCUACGUACCACUUGUACUGUCAACACUACUUUGAAGCGACUGUUUUUGUCUGAAACAGAGUUGUCUUCGGAGGGAGCCAUUGCCUUGGCUGAAUUUCUCCCGGAAAUGCAAAGUCUAAUCCAUUUAGACCUAACUGAGAAUUAUUCAAUCGACAUUGCUGGAGUAAUGGCCUUGGCGGUCUCAGUCAAGAUGAAUACCAAUUUGCGGUGUUUGGACAUCAACAUUCCUCCAAAUGACCCCGAUUUUGCCCGACUGUCUCAAGAAAUCUUACAGUCUUGCGUUCGCAACACCGAAUUAGCUCAGCGACAAGCUCUUGAAAGGGGUCAAAUGACUUCCAUCUCUCAACCCAUGUUGAAGUCUACCGUAGUUCGAGAACUCACGACUCCCAGCUGCAGUGAAGUCCGGGCGAGAACAAAGAAAAUCCGAGCCGCUGCCUUCCCUUGA